AUGCUGUCGGCUGCGCUGAGCCCGAGACUGUCGCUACGAGCUUCGCGUCUAGGCGCAUUGACGGGCCGAACGUUCGCUGCUUUGGGCGACCCCCUCGUGCUCGUGGAGAAGAAGGACAAGCACGCAAUUGUGCGACUGCAUCGUCCUCCCGUGAAUUCGCUGAAUACGGCGCUGAUUCAAGAACUCGACGCGACGAUUCAACAGCUUGAGGACGAUAAAAGCAUGCGCGGAAUCAUCCUGGCGUCAUCGAAUCAGAAGGUCUUUUCGGCCGGGCUGGACAUUAUGGAGAUGUACCAACCACAUCCCAGUAAAGUCAGUACAUUCUGGACGUCGCUUCAAGAUCUGUACUUGCGGCUGUACACGACACGUCUGGCUGCCGUUGCUGCAAUCGAAGGACAUAGUCCGGCAGGAGGCUGUUUGCUCGCCAUGUGCUGUGAUUAUCGCAUCAUGACGAGCGGUAAGCCCCUGAUUGGUCUCAAUGAGACGCAACUGGGUAUAGUUGCCCCGUCGUGGUUUCGUGACACCUUUGUCAACACAAUUGGCCAUCGAGAGGCUGAGAAGAUGUUAGGGCUGGGAUUGCAAGUGGAUGCCACGAAAGCACAGUCGAUUGGACUCGUGGACGAAGCUGUUGCACUUGAAGAAGUGCUUCCGCGUGCUGAGGCAGCAAUGGCAAAGUGGCUGGCCAUCCCGGACAUGGCUCGCGUGCAGACCAAGCUACUGAUGCGUCAGGAGACUGCGGACCGGCUGUUGGCGGUCCGUGAAAAGGAUCUUGAAGCUUUUACGAAUUUUGUGCAAACGGACAACGUGCAGAAGUUUCUUGGAUCGUACCUUGCGUCGUUGAGGAAAAAGUAA